GUGUGUUAAAAUUACUCGGUCAUGGCUGAUGGGCCUGGCCUGCUCAUCCUUCAAAUUUUAUUGUAUAUUUUUUAAAGUUUUUAUUGAUUGGCGCCAGUGAACAAAUAGGAACAUUUAGUUCGUGAACAUGCAAGAUGCCAGCACUGACUUAUUCUGAAAAGAAUUGGCAUGUUUUGUUUUAAUUGUCUUUGGAGUAUAUUAUAAAGGUUCUGGACAGCUUAGCUGAAUAAUAAUUUAUCAGGCUGAUGUCCUAUCAAACCUCGAUGUGACACUGUUGGCAUGCCACUAGUGUCGACAUUUGUGCUGCCAAACUCGUCAAUUAAUUUCUAUUUUCUAGUAUUUCAGUAUUUCAGAAAAACCUGAUGAUGAAGGUUAAUGCAAAUAUUGCAAUAUUAUCUCCCGUCCUCUCCUGGACUGUUGGACAUAGGAACACACGUUCUUCUGCACAAUGGGGGGCAAAUCUGUUGGACGACAUCAUACUUAUUUGAGUUGUUUCAUUAAACCAGUUUCCAUCUCUUUGCUUUGGCAGUACAAACUGAAGUGUGAUCUAGUCUGAAGUAAUUACGGCUGUAUGGUUAGCUCAGUGCCUCAGUAGUAAAACUUCAUAUAAAUCUAUGUUUAUAAUCUUAUCUAGUUGAGCUUGAGCCAGUCCUGAAGCAGAUAUGUCUUCAUUAAGGGCAUGCUUUCGAGGAAUUGAUGUACAAUACAAAAAGUAUCAGUAACAGUUUCCCUACCAUAAGGGUAUACUUGUAUGGAGGCCAAGUAACCUCUUGGAAAAAUAACUCUGGAGAACAACAGCUAUUUCUCAGUAAGAAGGCUUCUUUCAAACCACCAAAAGCGAUUCGUGGGGGCAUACAAAUUUGUUUUCCUCAAUUAGGGAACCACGGAGUUCUUGAACAGCAUGGAUUCGCGAGGAACCGACUUUGGAGUGUUGAUGAGAGUCCUCCUCUUCCAGAUACCACUUCUGAUUGUCAUAUUGACUUGAUACUCAAGCAGUCUGAAGAAGAUAUGAAGACCUGGCCACACAGUUAUGAACUUCGUUUGCAAGUUGCUCUUAGUCCGAGGGGAGAUCUGAUCCUCACAUCUCGAAUAAAAAAUAAGAAUGCUGAUGGCAAGCCAUUCCAAUUUACUUUUGCAUACCACACAUACUUUUCAGUCUCUGAUAUCAGCGAAGUACGGGUUGAGGGUUUGGAUACCUUGGACUAUCAUGAUAAUCUACAAUCUAAGAUUCGUUGUACUGAACAAGGCGAUGCAGUUGUAUUCGAAUCUGAAGUGGACAGGAUAUAUCUAAGUGCCCCACCCAAGAUUGUGACAAUUGACCAUGAGAAAAAAAGGACAUUCGUAUUAAGGAAAAAGGAACUUCCUGAUGUUGUUGUUUGGAACCCAUGGGACAGGAAAGCAAAAGCAAUGCCAGAUUUUGGUGCCGAGGAGUACAAGUGCAUGCUGUGUGUAGGGGCUGCACGUAUUGAGAAGCCAAUUACUUUAAGGCCUGGUGAAGAGUGGCAAGGAAGGCAGGAAAUUUCCCCUGUGCCAUCCAGUUACAGCAGUGGACUGUUGGAUCCUGAAAUGAUUCAACAGAUGCAACGUAUCUAGAUCUUUUGGUGGUUGAAAUGCUAUGAAGUCUCUUCAGUGUCAAUAAGAUAAUCUGAAUGUUCUUCAUCCAACUUCCAGCUUUCUUUUUUGUGUACAAUUCCAAAGUAGCCUGUGGUUUUUCUGGAGCAGCACUGGAGUUGAAAUCUCCAUCGUGAUUUAAAGGAGACAGAGAAUUUUUGUCUAUCUUUAGGGACUUUAUGUACAUUCAUAAUCAGUCACUUUACAUUACACCAUUUUUCCCCCUAUUAUAGGAAGCUGAUUUGAAACUGCACAAAUAGUAUGGUGUCAAUUUUGAGUUGUCUCGUGUCAUAUUACAGCACUUUACCCGUAUGGUGUGUAAUA